UCAUUUUUCAUCACAGGAAAAAGGGAAACUUUCCGCAUUCUUUUCCAGUUAUAGGCCCCGUGUCCGGCUGUCCGUCUUCUGCCAGUCCAUCACCCCACGUAUACCCCGAUCACACCACACAGACAGACGUGCAGCGAAACUGGCAUAAAUAUAUAUAUGAUGAUCCAUGCAACACAAACCCCUGCAAAGGCUGCACCUUUAAUUUGAGCGAGAGGCGGCGAGGUCCCCGAGAGUCCAGUUUUCUCGACGUCGACGCGUACAAAGGCAGCCAUGUAUACUCUGACUCCGCGCUGCCACCUCCAGCCAGUCCGCCGGUCGCCGCCGCCGUGCCAGGCAGCCACGACGACGACAACGACGACGACAACAUCGCCGCCGCCGCCGUCGCUGUCCGUCUCGUCCCGCGCCGCCGCCGACCGUGACGAGCUGCGGUCGACGUGGCCGCAGCGCGCGUGGACGCUGGCGGGCACGGCGGCGAUCCUCUCGUCCCUCUCCACGUCCGCCUCCCUCGUGGCCUCCGGGUCCAGCUCCCCCGCGGAGCCGCUGGCGGCCGCGCUGGCGGCCUACUCCCUGGCUGACCUCGCCACGGGCGUCUACCACUGGUUCGUCGACAACUACGGCGACGCCUCCACGCCCUUGUUCGGGUCCCAGAUCGCCGCGUUCCAGGGCCACCACCGCCACCCGUCCACCAUCACGUUCCGGGACCCCUGCAACAACCUGCACGCGCUCGCGCGCGCCGCCGCGCUCGCGCUGCCCCCCGUCGACGCCGCGCUCUCGGGCUCGACGUCGUCGUCCGCCGCCGCCGCGGCGCACGCGUUCGUCGGCGCCUUCACGGCCUGCGUCGUGCUCAGCCAGCAGUUCCACGCCUGGGCGCACGAGAAGCGACGCAGGCUGCCGCCGGGCGUCGAGGCGCUGCAGGACGCCGGCGUGCUCGUGUCGCGCACGCAGCACGCCGCGCACCACCGCCAGCCGUACAGCACCAACUACUGCAUCGUCAGCGGCAUGUGGAACGGGUUGCUGGACAGGUACAAGGUGUUCGAGGCGCUGGAGAUGGUCGUCUACUUCCGCACCGGCAUCCGCCCGCGGUCGUGGGACGAAACCGACGCCUCGUGGAAGGAGGACACCGGCGUUGAAGCCUCCGCUGCCGCCACCGCCGCCGCCACCACCGGCGGUAAUGAUGCUUUGUUACAGACAGCGGGCAUAAGCUCUGACUGACGGUAUGCACUGAUGCACAUAGAAGAAGUAUAGAGCUACCACACAGGUACAUACAAAUUAAUUAAUUAAGAAGGUACACAAAAUGUUGCUCUCAAAGGAAAUUUUAUUGUUUGAAUUGAUGGGAUUGAAGGGUCAAGCUCAAGAAAGUUUUUUGAUAGAGGAACAGUAUCCUACAUAAGAGAGAGAGGGAGGUCAUAAUCAAACCAAAACAACACAUUUUCUUUCUUUGUUUCAUUUGUGUAAAUGUUAUAUGUUGUAAUAUUGUAGCUAUCAUAUAUGCUGUAAUAUUGUAGCUAGGUUCCCAGAGAAAGAUUGGUGAUGUCUGAAAUUUGAUGAUUUUCACAGGC